AUGCAGUCGACUUGCCAGCAGCAGCAGGCUCAGCCAGGUCAGAACGGAACAUCGGCCAACAGGACUUCGUUUCUGAUCGAGGAUAUCUUGAGCCGCGGUACCGUUCCCCCGCAUUCCCAUCAUCAGCUUCAUCAUCAGCAUUUGACGUCGAAUCACGGGGUGCAGCAUCAACACUACCAGCAAUUUGCCAGUUUACUGCCCGGUUAUCCUUCAGCGCCACCCACCGCGGCAUUCUUUUUGGGACCACUGUUCGGUAACACCGCAAUGGGGGUUGGUGUUGUACCGGGGGUUAGUGAACUCGCGGCCUUGAAGCACUGCCGUCGACGAAAGGCACGAACAGUGUUCAGUGAUCAACAAUUAGCGGGUUUGGAAGCCAGAUUCGAGGUGCAAAGGUACCUCAGUACGCCGGAAAGGGUCGAGCUUGCGGCGGCUCUUCACCUCUCGGAGACCCAAGUGAAAACGUGGUUUCAAAACCGGCGAAUGAAGCACAAGAAACAAUUGAGAAAAUUGAGCACCAGCGCGGGAAGCAACAGCAAUCAGAAUUCCAAUCAGCAAUGCACCGGCCAAUCCGUUCCCGUCACAUCACCCGCCGAACGACCGGUGGAUUUCUCGUUGAGCGGUGGUCGAGAAUCACGGGCGAGCAGCGACGCUCCUGUGGACUCCGACGACGACGAAAUCGACGUCCUUGGCGACGAGACGCCGUCGCCGACACGGACAGGGAACAUUCACAUCUCCAGACGCGUCGGUUCGCCAACGAGUUUUCAUCAGAUGACGCACCCCCACUCGGUUACUCUGUCUCAUCAACCGCAACACGGACAGCCGAUUCAACGUCAACAUCGCUGA